AUGAAUAUUUUUAGAUUGCUGGCGGAUUUUUCCCAUCUCGCCUCGAUCUUUAUCCUGCUACAGAAAAUGAAGUCCUCAAGUAGCUGCUCUGGCUUAUCGUUCAAGUCCCAGGCCCUCUAUUUGAUGGUCUUUGUGACUCGUUAUCUUGAUCUAUUCUGGGCCUUCACCGACUCGCUGUACAACACCACUUUCAAACUUCUGUUCAUCGGCUCGUCAGGCUAUAUUAUAUACCUUAUGCUCAAUGACUAUCGCCCUACACAUGACCCAAAUACCGACACCUUCAAAGUCCAGUACUUACUUGCGUCGAGUGCAAUACUGGCUCUUGUAUUCCCGCACGACUACAGCAUUACAGAGAUCCUUUGGACCUUUUCAAUCUGGCUCGAGUCCGUUGCUAUCCUACCGCAGCUCUUCAUGCUUCAGCGUACUGGUGAAGCGGACACUAUAACCACCCACUACCUAUUUGCUCUCGGCCUCUACAGGGCACUCUAUAUCCCCAAUUGGAUUUAUCGGUAUUUUUCUGAAGGCCACUUCCAACCCGUCCCCGUCAUCGCUGGCAUCAUCCAGACGCUGCUGUAUUCCGACUUCUUCUAUAUCUAUUACACCAAGAUCAUGAAAGGCAGAAAGUUCUCUCUGCCGGUUUGA